AUCGGGCUUUGGAACCUUCUAUUCAGGAUCAAGGAUCAACAGGUCUGUUCAGCUUCGACGGACACUCUGCAAAUUGUACAGAAAGAUACCUCAUGAGCAUCCGGAGGUCUGAGGGAUGUGUAACUGGGUUGGCUUUUGGGUCGAACCCUUUGGAGUUUGAGUUGGUGGCCAAUCUCACGGAGCGCAUUCUCAAUUCCAAAUUGGUCGUCAUGGGGACCUCUAUGGAGUUGAUCAGUACAAUCAAGCGACAAGUCAUGGUUUUGGUAGGGGAUCCCAUCGCUCAGAACGUGAAAGUUAACAUUUAUUGCGGCCGACGGACUGGAGCUUACUGGGUUAACAACGUGAACUUUUGGACGCUAGAUGGCGGAUUCAAACAGGAUUUAGUGUGGGACCAAUACUGCAAGCAUAUUUUGCACGGACAGAAGUUCAUCGUUGGACAUACCGGGAUAAGCCCAAUGGUUGUAAUGCCCAACAAACCGGGUGAUGAAAUCAGAGGCGUGGAAGUCAACGCAGUCAAAAUUUUGGCGGAAAAGUACAACCUGGAACUGAACUAUACCUACGGUGAAAUGGAGGGAGUGGGCGUGGACCUGACAAAAUCAACCGGGGUCUUGGGAAACGUAAAUAAUUGGGCAAAUUACCAUUAAGAUUAUGUUGUUCCAACGAUUGCUCGGAAAUUUUUGUUACGAUAUGUUAGUGUUCCAAUGUAGUGCCGGGUCCAAACCUCGUUUAAAACGUGCCGCUGUUGGUGCUCAAAGGGAAAAACUUAGUGCUAGUAAGGCACUUUUCUCAAAUAAUUGUCCCGUGCCCAAAUUGACAUAGUAUGCAAUUUAGAGCAAAGUGUCCAUUAAUGUCAGCCAACAAGUUACAGAGUGACAAACACCCAAUCAAAGUGGGUGAAACAUGAAACGGCUGAAUUCAAAUGGGACUUAGGUUAUCGUAACCGAAAUGCUUGAAAUUAAAAAAACAUCUUAGCGACGCUCGUUCAUCUGUAAAUUUUGAAAUGUAUAGCAUUGUUACCCAUGUUUUGAUGAUUUUUUAAGUUCACACCAUGUUCUUCCAGGGAACGCUUUGGUCACACUAUCCUUGGAAGUUCGAUAGCAGGGUCGGCAUAUGCCUACCAAUCAACUUUCAGUUUGCCUUCUGUUUUAAUCUUCUUCCUAGAUCUUGGGUACUUUUUUGAGCAGUUAUACGUGAAGAAAGCUUGAAUUUUGUUGAAUCCCUGUAUUGAUGGCGGGCUGACAAAGCCCUCCAUUUGAAAAUGACUGGUACAGGCUCAAAGCCUGAGAAACAUUCAUAAAACGUACAAAAUGUCGAGAAUCUAUCUGCACCUUUCACUGGUUGCAAAGUUUCCAUGUAUGUUGAGUCAACGUCAGGUUAUCAAAACCAUCAUGCUUUUAAAGAAACGGGCUCAGGAUUAAUUUUGAGCACUAAGCUUGAGCACCAACAUGUCAUUCUGCCUUUGGAUGAGAGCCAACGUGUAAAUCAUGAAAGUGUUUAGAAAUUUGUCCAUGUAGAAUUUGUAAAUAUUGAUCACAUGUGUGAUUUGUUACAAUGUAUAAAGAAGAAGCGUAGUAGCGGCUUGAUAUAUAGGGUGUACUCUCUUAUUUCUACAUUUGUUAGCU